UAUGAGGGGCAGCCAUCAAAUUAUCUACAACUCACAUUGUUUCUUUUCUUCAAUCCAAUUCAAUUCAAUUCAUCUAUAGAAAUAGAAAUAGAAAUGGCCUCCAACUCCAACACAAGCCCGCACCAUUCUGGGAAUUCGUCAGCGAAAUUCAACAAGGAUGAACGAACAAAGGUGAUUCUACCUAAAGACCUCAACAUUGUAUGGGGCAACGACACCCGCUACUGGAACAUAAAUGAUGUGGCGGAAUUGCAUCAAGUGAGCUGGCUAGAGGUGACCGGCGGCGUGGAGGGAGCCUCGGCGGCGAAGAGCUACGAAGUAGGGUUUUCCGUGUCGUUGAAUCCAGAUGCAUUUGGGUGGGGAAAGUAUCCCAUUUAUAUCAUGAUUAAGAGAGGGAAGGAAGAGAAGGUUACGUGGACUAAGAUUUCGAUAAACCCUAAUAACCAGGAAACCCAGUUUGAGAUUAAAGGGAGGUUGCUCAAAUCUGAUCAUUCCACCGACAUUGGGAAGCUCAGCUUCGGAUUGUACGAGGUUUGGAGUGGCAAGUGGAAGGGAGGUCUCAAGAUUCACAAGGCAUUUGUCAACCAGUUAUGAAAUUCAUUUCAUUUUUAUACUAUCUUUUAUCGUGCUAUUUAUUUCAUUUAAUUUGAGAAUAUCUGUACCUUCCUAUACAGAUCGAUACUAUUGUUAUGUAAUUUUCGGAUAUCUAAUAAAAAAAGACUCAGUGUGAUUGUUCGUUUUAAA